AUGGAGAGAAGUGCAAACACAGGUACAAAAGAAAAUGACGUCACAUCAGCUGCUGAGGAAACACUUCAGUUUGAUGAUAGCACUUUAAGAGGUGGGAAUUUUAAAUGCUAUUUUCUUUCUGUAAUAAAAUAUCAACGACGAAGGAAUUGUUCUCGGUUUUAUAGAUACCAAUGUAUAAGCCUUCAUCUCCUUGUCAGUUGUGGGGCUUUAAUAUUAUUAUCAGUCAAAACCUUGAUUAAUUAUACGAAGCUGUAUCAGAUUCGUAAACUUAAAUUGCAAUGUUCUGAUUUGGUUUCUGGUGUCAGAAAUUUAUAAUGAGAUCAAGGUAAAUUUCAAUGGAAGUAGAACUAAAUUCUGACUGAAAACCUAAAAUUAUAAUGAUUAAAAUUUGCUCCUUUGUAGCUAUUGCUGAGGUUUACAAAAAUGAGGGUAACGAUGAAUAUUAUAAGAAGAAUUUCAACAACGCCAUUUACUUCUACACUGAAGGAAUUAAAGUGAACUGUAAGGAUGAAGAUCUUAACGCCAAACUGUACAGCAACAGAGCGGCAGCACAUUUUAAUUUGGGUAAGAAGUUGUAACAAACGUGCCGAGCCAGCCUAGUCCCUAGGCGUUCUCUCUUGCCUCGUUGUCCGCGCGAAGUCUGGGAAAGAGCGAGCGAGAGAACGUUCUCGGCGUGUCUCUCUCGGUGACGUCACAGCUCACGGUAGAGUCCAGGAUUGACCGAGCUCAGAACGCCUAGGGACUAGGCUGGUGCCGAGCAUUUAAAACCCUCCAACACUGCACUUUUUGACGUUUAGACAUUUAACAUUUUGACCCGAGAAACGGUUUCUCAGGAAGUGGGCAGAUUGAGGUAUUUGAAAAGAUGCUUACAGGCUCGCCCCUCCCUCUCUUCCCACCGUAUUUCGCUCGUUCAGUAUUUCACUGCUCACAGGCAUUUUUUAACUUGUCGACACUGACAGAGAGCUUGGCACAGGCUAGCUACAAAUCGAUGAAAACAAAAAACCAAAAAAAAAAACAAAAAACUCGGUCCGUAAUUUGUAGAACGGAUCUCAAUCUCGGGUAAUAAGAGAUCAUUUUAUAUUUUGUCUAUUUAAAAUUUAGCACCGUUGAAUGGUGCACGCAGAAAGUUUCUAGGGAGCCGGUUUAGUUGUUGUUAUGUAAACUGACGUUGUUGCAGUGUACCGUGUUGACUAAUCGUAUCCCCCCCCUUUGCUCUGUUAAACCUACCUGAGCAAUUACAAAGUGUCUUCUGUAUUUUAUUUCCAUAGGUAAUUACUCUGAAACAGUGAAUGAUGCAAAAGUUGCCAUUCAAUUGCAGCCACAUUUUCUGAAAGCUUUUAUGAGAGGUAGGAGUUAA